CUGACCCCCCUUUUUUUCAAAAACAUUUGAAUCAAUGUAAGAAGAUCUGUAAUCUGUAUAAUGCAGAUAUAAAUAGGAAACGUACUCAAAUUUGUUUUAAAUUUUUAGCAGCUGGUGAUGUAAAUACAUUCAGUGUGUAUUUCUGAGUUUGUACAUUAUUAUAUAUUUCUUGUUAAUUUUGUAGAUGGAGAUACACUAUUGAUGUGCCUUCUUCUUUCCGACUCCUACAAAAUAAACAUGAAAGAAGGAAACUGGAUGACCAAAUAUAAUGCUGUUGCCAAAUGUCUUAACUCAAAGGAAAUCAAAAAGCCAUCUGUCAAUACACAUUUAGAAAAUUACAAACCAGUUCUGAAACUCAAUGAAUCAGAGAUCAGUUUUUCCUCUGAGGUCUUCAAAAACAUUAGUUUCCUUAAAUUUUCAAAGAGUUUUGAGUUUAACUUUACCGAUAUUUUCUUAAGUUGGGCAAAAAAAGAAAACAUCGCCGAAUACUGUAGAUCCUGGAAUUAUCGGAGAGGAGAGGAUGAAGUUUGCUGUUGGUUGCUGCCAGAAAAAAAUGAGGAGUUUUUAGAAAAACUUGGAGAAGAUAUUUUCAUGCACCAAACAAUGGGGGACCAGUCAUUUAAUGAAGCCGUAUUUAGAAAACUUGGAAUACCAAUGCAGAUUAUACUAAGGGGAGACAAAUCAGUGACGAACUUCAUUGAGAAUUUAAAGAAAGGGGAGAACAACCAUGUAUCAUGCCUCUGGGAUGAUAAUAGGGUGUGCUGGUAGUGGUAAAACCACAUUGUUAGAGAGACUGAAGGGCAUUGACCUGGAGAAAAUAAAGAAAAAAAUCAGGUCAACUAGAGGAGUCGAUAUCCACACAGAUGUGUUUGAUGUGAAAGAAAGCAUCCAAGCAAAUUCUUCACGCCAACAGCAACACUUUAAACUUCGACUUGAUAAAAAAGAUAUGAAUCAGAGUGUUCCUGAAUCUCAUUCAGAAAAUGCAGCCGAUGAUGAGGAAACGCAGGAAAAGAUGAAACCAGUUGAAGAAGAUGGCAGUACGACUGAAGCAUCAAGCAGUGGACAGAUAUCACAUGGUAAUAUCGACAUUAACCCUACCUCAUCCCAUGAACCACAGGGUGCCACAUCACCAGAAAAAGUAUCAGAAUUUAUGAAUGAAAGAAAAGAUAUUCGUCAUAGUCCAGAAAUUUCUGGAAAUUUACAGAUAGGUGCAGAAGAUAUUUCAGAAGAUCCAGAUAAAAAAAUAACCAUGACUGACUUUGCAGGGCAGUGUUCAUAUUAUGCCUCACACCAGAUUUUUCUGAGUCCUCGAGCGUUCUUCAUUCUGGUGCUGAAUAUGGAGAAGAAGUUUGAUGAUAAGGUUGGAGAAGAAGUUUGUUGUCAGGAAGGCUCCGUUUAUGGGGGAUGGACACACAGAG